GACUUCAGUCAUGGAGUCAGACAUUAAUUUAUGUCGUGCAGUUCUUCUCCCGGUCUGAUCAUCUGAGGAAUAGUCGGACUGGAGAUCAGAUGUCAGAUUUAAGGAUGUUUGUCCCUGAUGUCUCAUAUUCACUGCUGCUGUUGUGCAUAUCGUUUCUCACCGUCUUCACUAAGACUUCACAGGAGUUCUCAGGUUAUCUGUCGCGCGUGCUGAGGAAUUAUACUGAACAAGCGUGCGACGGAGACUUCCUGACUGUUCGCUGUCCGCCCAGAACAUCCAUCACUGUCCAAUCAGCUUUCUAUGGCAGAAAAGACUCUGCCCAUUCACCACAGUGCCCACCCACUUAUAACAGUGCUGGGACACGCUCAGAGAAUGACAUCACUUCCUGUAAUGUGUCAACAUCCUUGCAGAAGAUGUUGGAUGAAUGUGAAGACAGGAGAAGCUGUCAUGUUCUUGUCAACAGUCGUUUGUUUGGGACGGACCCCUGUCCAAAUGUCAGCAAAUACCUCAGCGUGUGGUACAAGUGCAGGCCGAAUGAGUAUAAGAGUAAAGUUGUGUGUGAAGGGGAGCGGUUGCGGUUGGGCUGUAAAACGGGGAUGCAAAUCGCGGUUUAUUCUGCAAUGUUUGGCCGCACGCAGCAGGGAACGCUGGAGUGUCCUCCACACCACUGGAGGGCGUCACCUGUCGACUGCUCGUCAGACGUGGCUCUGCAAGUGAUGACAUCACGUUGCCAGGGGAAACGCACCUGUGUGGUCCGCGCCACUACACAAGAGUUUGGAGACCCCUGUUACCGUGCCACCCGCAAAUACCUCAGCGUCAUACACACAUGCGUCCCACAGAAACUCUUUCAGGAAUCAGUUUCCAGGCGUCCGUCGUUCCACUCUCCCCCUUCUCUGCCUCAUGACCCCAACGUGGUGGGAGAUAGCGCCCCCCCUGACGGGACCCCGCCUCUGACCUCUGACACUUCGUCAGGGAGGUCGACACGAGGCCGGAAUUCUGGUCCGUAUUCAGAGAAGCCAGAUCAGUCUGGAGAAAGAGAGAGAGACAGUGAUCCAAACCCCACCAUCUCCACCAUAAGCAGACCAGCGAUGGCUCUCAUCAGCAGCGCCCUGGCAGCAUACACCUACAUCACAGAGCAUCCCGAGCAUUGUGGGCUCUAUUUCAUGUGUGGUGUGUGUGCUGGUCUAUUCCUCACACUCUUCACGGUGGUUGUUCAUAUCUCCUGUCGUACGGACUGUAUGCCUCGUCACACGGUCGCUAAGAAACGGCCACGACCCGCAGACGGCGACAGCGACACCACUGACUCUGACUCAGAAUGUGAAACGAGUUCGGACCUCUCGGCCCGCCGACACCGGCGGUUUGAGCGCACGCUCAACACAAACAUCUUCACGUCGGCCGAGGAGCUGGAGCGAGCACAACGUUUGGAGGAGAGAGAGCGAAUCAUACGAGAGAUCUGGAUGAACGGACAGCCGGACGUCCCCGGCACACGUAGCCUAAAUCGCUACUAUUAGGGUGCCACCUCUUACUGGACUAUUCCAGAAAUGAAGCUACUACUGGGAGUUGUAGUUUUCUGAUAACUAACGAAGCUGCAUUUAUCGCCAUGUGUGGCAUGAAAGUGCGCCUUUCUUUGCAGUGGAAAUAAGCUCUUCUUUAUGGCGAGCUUUAUGCGUAACCUUCGGUACGCUGAGGUGAGGGUCAAAUGCUCUGACCUCCUCCUCUUCUCUGGACUGAGGCUGAAGCUGAGGCUCAUGGGAGGUGUAGUCCAUUUGAAGACUGGCUCUAGGAGUCUGUAGGCAGCUCUAAAAGGCGUGGUAAGCUUUAAGCACUGUGAUUGGUCCUUUGCUGCGCCUGUCAAACUGUAAGGACCUGCUUCUGUAGGGAGAGACACAGAAUAUUUACGGUCACCAAUUUAUGUGCCUUCCAGAUUUCAUCUGAAAGAAAAACACACAUACAGUGGGCCUAAAAAGUAUUUGGAUGAAGUACUAAAGCAAAUAUGCAAACAACAACAUGAUGCUAGAGCUUUUCUCAGAAAUAACGUCACAUUUCUGAGCCAUUUUUGCGAUGACUUUUAGUCAGCAGGUGUCAGGGUGAUAUUAGCUGAAUUGUGCAAGCAGAUUAACCACAGGUGAAGUUCAUCACAUUAACUAUGAACAUGUUCCACUAAUGCUUGACAACCAGAAAGUGUAAAAAUAAUUUUAGUCCUCAUUUUAUACAGUAUAUGUAUUGGUUUUUUUAAAUUAUAAUUUUCUGUAAAUAUAAACGACACUGGGAUUUAUAUGUUGUUAUAUAAAAAUACAAUAACAUGCAGACAUUUUUGAGAGUGCCUUAUAAGUUUCCAAAUACUUUCUGGUGCCGGUGUGUGUGUGUGUGUGUGUGUGUAUGUGUGUGUGUGUGUAUAUAUAUAUAUAUAUAUAUACAGUAUGUAUACACUGCCUGGUCAAAAAAAAAAUUUGAAUACUGUAAUAUUUAGUUGGACUGCCUUUAGCUUUGAUUACAGUGUGCAUUCGUCGUGGCAUUGUUUCGACAACCUUAUGCAACAUCACAACAUUUAUUUCCGUCCAGAGCUGCAUUCAUUUUUGGCCGAGAUCUUGUAUUGAUGACAGGAGAGUCGAACCACUCCGUAAAGUCUUCUCCAGCACAUCCCAAAGACUUUCAGUGGGGUUAAGAUCAGGACUCUGUGGUGGCCAAUUCAUGUGUGAAAAUGAUUGACUUCAUUUGUUCAUUUGAUUCACUUUCAAAUGACUUCAUUUUAUCGGCGCAUAACGUUGCUGAGCCUAGACCUGACCAAUUGAAGCAACCCCAGAUCAUAACACUGCCUCCAGCGGCUUGUACAGUGGACACUAUGCAUGACAGGUGCAUUGCUUCAUGCGCUUCCCUUCUUACCCUGACGCGCCCAUCGCUUUGGUAUAGGGUAAAUCUGGACUCAUCAGACCACAUGACCUUUUUCCAUUGCUCCACAGUCCAAUCUUUAUGCUCCCUAGCAAAUUGAAGUCGUUUUUUCUGAUUAGCCUCACUAACAAGUGGCUUUCUUGUGGCCACACAGCUGUUUAGUCCCAAUCCUGUAAAUUCUCGUCGCAAUGUGUGUGUGGAAAUGCUCUUACUUUCACUAUCAAUCAUAGCCGUGAGUUCUACUGUCGAUUUUUUACCAUGUGACUUCAAGAGUCAUAGUGAUCUCCACUCACGAUCAUUCAAGAUUUAUUUCCGACCACAUUUCUUCCGAACUGAUGGUUCACCACUAUCCUUCCAGGUUUUAAUAGUGCAUUGGACAGUUUUUAACCCAAUUCCAGUGAUUUCAGCAAUCUCCUUAGUUGCAUUUCUUUCUGUCCUUGUUAGAGCCAGUUGUCCUUUGUCUUUGAAAACUGUAGUGUACACCUUUUAUUUGCUUGAUGCAGGCCAAUAAUUUGCCCCUUCUGAAACACAGUAACAUCUUUUCCACGACCACAGGAUACGUCUUCCGACACGGUUGUUUAUGAAAUGAGAAGCUACACACUGCAUCAGUUAGGGUUAAAAGAAUUGUUGCCAGCUGAAACAUAUUAAUCACUGAAAUAAUUAUCCAAUCAUAGUCUCUUAAGUAUCUGCUUAUUUAAAUCCAUACUGCAUCUUUUUUUUUUUGG